UGUAGUUGACCUGAGCAGCCAAUUUUAAUCACGACUCGUGUUCCCGCUCCUCCUCAAAGCCAUCGUCUUCAAAACGACUUAAUACGCACUCUGCUACCUCCUCGAGUCUGCCAGUGGUCGUGCCCAGCAAUGCGUUGCCCUGUGGGCCACGGUGCCGUCCUCGGUCUGGUGGCUGCGCUCUUAACCCUGGCUCCACUCGGAGCCGACGAAUCCCAGCCACGAAGACUCGGCUCUGCAGCAGCUGCAGGCGUCCGCCGGAGACCUCUGAGUGCUGCCGCCGCUGCCUCUGCCCUGCGCUCACUGAACCAGACGACCGUGACGGGAAACCAGCCUGGACCCGUCCUCAGCCUGUCUGAGCUCAGAGCCGCUUUCCCUCGCCUCCACCGAGACGUCUACGAGCUCAAAGUCGCGUUCCGCCUCUUCAGGGACGACGCUCAGCGUCGCCUCGAGUCUCUGGGGGCCUCUCACGAGAACCUCACCACGUCUUCCACCGCCAGCCGCGACCUGGAGGCACAGGUGCGUGAGUUCAAGAGAAGCGCGCGCAAGCAGGCCACGGACUGGGAGCUGCGUCUCUCGGCCCUCGAGGCCGUCUUGGACGGGGUGCAGCGUCGAAUGUCAUCCGAGGGUGCCCAGGCCGUAGCGCGCCUCGCCAAUGCCACGGCCGAGCUACGGAAUGCCGGGGUCGCGGCGCGCACCGAGGAGGCGGGCGCUUUGCGGCGUGCGUUGGACGCGUUGGAGAGGCAGGGACGUGCUCGCGACGUGCGACUCCAGACGCUGGAGCGAGCGCUGAACGAGUCUCUGACGGCCAGAGGCGGGGGCAGGAGGAAGGCAGGAGGAGGGGGAAGAAGGGGGACAGCGAAGGGGACCCUUCGCGGAGAGCCGAGGAGACACGUUGGCGUGUGUAACGUGAAGGCCGCCCUGCGCUUCCCCGCCGCCUCCGUGUCCAGCGCGGCCUCGUUCCGCAAGGGCCUUUCGGCGCCGCUGAGCGCCUUCACCGCCUGCUUCUGGCUGCGCACGAGCGCUGGCUACGUGGGCACCGUGCUGUCCUACGCCACGGAGGACAACGACAACAAGCUAGUGCUGUAUGGCCGCGCCGCGGGGGAGGGCCGUCUCCAGCUGGUCAUCGGCGACCCCGAAUACCGCGAGCUGCCGGCAGCCGCCCUGCUCGACGGCGGCUGGCACCACGCGUGUGUCAUGUGGUCCUCGGCCGAGGGGCGCUACGCCUACUACGUGGACCGCAGGCUGGCCGCCGCGGGGUCGGGGUUCAGGCGCGGCUAUGCCGUGGCGUCGGGCGGCUCGCUGAUGUUAGGCCAGGAGCAGGACGCAAUGGGUGGUGGCUUCGAGAGGCACGAGGCGUUCGUGGGAUCGCUGGCCGGGUUCGCGCUGUGGACGCGCAGCCUGGCGCCCGGGGAGGUGUCGGCGCUCGCCAGGGGUGGACAACUGCCGAUGGAAGGGGUGGCGCUCACGUUCAGUGACCUCGGAAAGCUCUCGGGCGAUGCCAAGCUGGUGCAGUGUGACUGCUUGGAUGACUGCUGAGGACACCAGAAGGGCGUGGGUUAGGUUGGCGCUGGAUAUGAUGCAGAAUGGGGCCUUUUCUACAAUGUCACCACGGCUACGGAAUCUGCUGCCUGAUCAUAUAGCUUCCUGUGCAAAUGUAUCGCAGUUCAAGAGGAGGUUGAAACGUCACCUGUUUCAUAUAUAUUAAGGGUACAAUGAUGCCACUAUACAUGAUUUGUUCUGCGUUCGUUUUAUUAUCAUAUACUCCAGUGUAUAAAACGUUGCUGAUUGUGCUUGAACAAUGUUGUGACAAAGUUUGUGUGUGCUACUACCUUUGUGCAGUGCUCUGUUCAAUAGUGUUUCUUAAUUAUAUUGGCACUUCAGGGCUUGUUUAAUAGUUGUGUGUAGCACAACAUCAAGGAAUAUAUUUUGAUGAUCCAAAUUAGACUUGCCACUAGGGUCCCCGAGGUGAGACUGUCUCAGGGCAAUGAAAUCAGUAACAUGAGAUAUGAUAUAUGGCGCUUUGAGAUGCUUUGGCAUUUAAUUGCUGUAUAUAUAUGUUUAACCUUAUGAAAUGGUAAUGGAUAUCUGCACCAAUCUGAAGCUCGGGUCUGUUGAGAUAUCACCCAUCGCUGAUGGUAAAUGGCCGCAGUGUACUAACCACUGUGCCGCCACUCUACCCACUGUGAUCUGAAGUGUGUGACGUAAAUAAUCUAGCGUCAAAUAGUACACGAGUCGUUUUUUCAGACAUGUUUUUUUCCCGUUCCAGGACUGCAAACGUGUAUUUAAUAUACAUAUGUAUUCAUUGCUAGAUGUAUAUACCUAUUCUCAUAGCAUUGGACCCCAAAGGAUAAUUUCGUCUCUUACAAGCAGGACUUGCCAGACCAACGCACUUGAACAUUUUGCAUCAUCGUAUGGUCAACAUUGUCCAAGAAAAUUCUGCUUCCAUACACCAUUAGAUGCACCUACAGCUCUUGGUCAAUGCGCUGUUCGAUGAAGGCUUCUUCACGCCAUGUUGGUCAUUGGAAUGUUUGACCAUAUUUAACCAUGCUGACCACUGUGGGGUGGUCAAGGUGGCGUUUGGAGACAGGGUCCAGGACCAGUGCAGAUAUCUGCUGUUUGCCGAAACCAAGAAUCAAAUUCUUAUAACUGGGCUGAGGGAGCAGUGCAUAAACCACUGCGCCACUGCUCCUCUAUUAAUACAACAAAAGUUUAACUUUAAAAUAAGUGUAAAUUUGGAAGACAAUAAGAAUAUUGUUUAAGAUUUAUUCUUGGAGGGGAAGCCAUGACUGAUACAAUUAUUGGGAAAUUAUAAAGAAGUCGUGUAAAAAAGGUGCAAAUAAAGACAAUUGAUCAAAACAUAGAGAAAAAGAUGAAGGUCUUGUACUUACAUUUAAACAGACACCAAGUAAAAUUAAUUUGCGUACCGUAUUUGUAUAGUAUGGUAAGGAGGGAUGGAGUAGUGGAACGGUGGCUAACGCGCCGGCAUACCAACCCAGAGACGUGAAUUUGAUUCCCAACUACGGUUAACAUCAGUGGCAAUUCAAAUUUGGACGAAUCCAUUUAACUGAACAGGCAUGAUGGCCUAACGACCUUCACAACUGACACAGCAAAUGGAGGCCCUCAUCCAGAAAUGAAUUGACAAAAGACUCGUAUAGUCUAUGCUUAAAGUUAGAACGCAAAAAUAUUUGCGUUAAUGGAAACUACGUUUGCAGAAAAUGGCUUUUACAAUUCCAUGAAUAUAUUUAAUCAGACUCUGAAAUUAAUAUAUUGACUAUAUAUUCAUGUAUUUUUGUGCAAGACUGUCAAUGUAAUUCACAAUAACCGUCCACAAUAAAAACAUAUUUUCAAUAGUUUGGAGCACAGGCUUAUCAUGUGUGUUAAUACCUCCAGUGUUCAUGACAAUGCAUUGAACGACGAGGAAAUUUGACAUGUUAUCAUGUAUUUAUUGAAUUGCUCCAAUUGUAUUUGUAUGCAUAGUCAACACAAUGAAUGUAACGUGCGCGUAAACCUUUGUUCCGAAAUAUAUUCAACAAGUGUUAA